UAAAACUCGCACCAUCUUCUCAGAAAAACCACUGCAUUGGAGCGCCAAUUGCUUCCAAGGAAAUGCCCAAAACAGCCAAGCAAUGGCCUUUCAGAGCUAUUUCGCUCUCUCGUGCACUCUCACGUUCAUGUUCCACCACCACCGCUACCUCUGCUGUACCACCGCCGCCACCGUCCUUCCCUCUCAAGCACGUGACCAGGUCGAAUUUCGAGUCCGCGCUUGCCGACCUCAGGAGCGUCGUGCGGGCGGCGGACUUCGUCGCCAUCGACCUUGAGAUGACCGGAGUUACCAGUUCCCCAUGGCGUGAGUCAUUCGAGUUCGACCGCUUCGACGUUAGGUACCUCAAGGUCAAGGAUUCCGCUGAGAAGUUCGCCGUCGUACAAUUUGGUGUUUGUCCAUUCCGAUGGGACUCCCAGAGCCUAUCCUUCAUCGCUCAUCCGCACAAUUUCUUUGUAUUUCCUCGUCAAGAGCUUCUGGUUGACGGCUCAUCUUAUGAGUUUCUCUGCCAGACAACCUCGAUUGAUUUCUUGGCUAAAUAUCAGUUUGACUUUAAUGCUUGCAUAAAUGGAGGAAUAUCUUAUUUAUCCAGAGUGCAAGAAGAUGAGGCUGUAACAAGAUUGAACCUGCUAUAUGAGGAUUGCCAAUUAGGUUCUCGGCAUAGCUUGAAGGAAGUUAGAGACACUCCAUUGGUUAGCAUGACAGAUGUUUUCUUCAGUGAAAGAAUGAAGAUCAGGCUGGGUGAAUGGCAUGAUGCGUUAUUAAGGGACAGAAAUUUGGGUUCCCCAAUUAAAAGGACCUUGAAUGACUCAAAUCAGCCGUUUCAAACAAUUUUCUUCAAAAUGCGUCCUGCCCUUGCUCUGAAUGGUUUCACCUCCCAUCAAUUAAAGUUAAUUCAAUCGGUCUCAAAGAAGCAUUUCAAAGAUCUUGCUUAUAUUUGCAUGAAUGGUGAAGGCUCAUCUUCACAACAUUUAGUUGUGUAUACCGAUUCAGAGCACGAUAAGGACUUGCUUAUGAAAGAGGUGAAGGACGAACAUCGCAAGGGGGAAGAGAUGAAGAUAAAAAAUACAAUUGGUUUUCGCCACGUUAUUGAUCUACUUUCCUCAGAACAGAAGUUGAUUGUUGGUCACAAUUGCUUCCUCGAUGUUGCACACAUAUAUAGCAAGUUUUUCGGUCCUCUUCCUUCAACUGCUGAGAAAUUUGUCACCUCUGUUAACAAGUACUUUCCACAAAUCAUUGAUACUAAAGUGCUCUUGAAUGCCAAUGAUAUACUUCAACUACGGAUGAAGAGAUCCAGUACAUCGUUAUCCUCCGCCUUUUCUUCUUUGUGUCCACAAAUUGCUUUGGGUUCUCAAAGGUCUGAUUUGUUUUUCCAAUCCCGUGUAAAGGUGGAGGUUCAAGUGGAUGAUACAAGGUCAUCCAUAUGGAGCUCUGGAGCCAAACAUGAAGCUGGGUAUGAUGCUUUCAUGACAGGCUGCAUUUUUGCCCAGGCCUGUAGUCAUCUUGGCAUUGAUUUUAAAGUCUUUUCUCCCACUGAACAUCUGGCCAAUAGUGAAAAGCUCCAGAAGCACAUGAACCUUCUUUAUCUCAGUUGGACCAAUGGAGACACUAUUGAUUUAAGUACCGGUCAUCGGACUGCAGGGAUUUUGUCAUCUAGUAACCUCAAAAAGAGGUAUCCUAAGAUUUUGUUUGAGAACAUUGUAUUAGUCUGGGGUUUUCCCUCCAAACUCAAGGCCAUGGAGAUAAAAGAAUGUGUUUGUAAAGUCUUUGGCCCAACAUCUGUUACCUCCAUCUACCAUUUGGAUGAAACUGCGGUUUUCGUUCAGUUCGGCAGUGCAGAACUGGUCUCUGAGUUUCUAGUUCUGAAGGAAACCUUGGAGAGGAAUGACAACGCGAUCUCUGUUUUGCAUCCUUUAUCUAAACUGUUGGAGGGUGGAAAUACGCAUGCCGCUGAUUACGGAACAUACAAAGAGAUAUGCAGUUCACCCAUUUCAAAGGUCUUGUUUGCAGAUCAGGCAGAAGCAGUUGGUAUCAAAUGGAAGACUAAGUUGGUAGAAUCUGAGGUUGAGGUGAGAACCCAAGACCAUGAAUGUUCACACAAACAAAGUACAGUAAACAGUGAUUCAGACUCUAUACAGAAGAACAGGAGGAAGAUAGACUAUGCAAUUCGAUCAUCAGGUCAUGAUAUUAAUGAUUCUAUCUAUGACACUGAAAUAAAGCAGAUUAGUGCUGCUAAUUUAUGAGUCAUUCUGUAUUUCGUUAUUAUUUUCAUAGAAAAAUUGCCUUGAGAGCAAUCACAAUCUGUAUUUUUUAUAGAUAAAUUAUGGAACUGCAAUUGUAGGAACACCAAAGAAUAGAAAGUUCAUCUCUAUUUUGAGGA